CGAAUAUCUUGUGGUUUGCAGCCUACAACAAUGCAAAGGGCUCCUUAAUAACGCAGCUUUAGCACGCGACCUCCGCCAGUGACUCGGCGCGUGCACGGGGCGGAGUCAGAGUGAUGAUGGUCAUCUGGUGGCUUCUUUCCUCCCCGGCGCCGGUGCCUCGGUCUCCCUCCUUGUGCAUCAUCGCGCGCGUGUGAGGGGGGGAGUAGGGACGCACCGAUCCUGCCUCCCCAUCCAUACUCGCGCAAGCGCGCGCGGCUGUCUCCGUGUGACCGUGUCUAAAACGCUUCCAGUCCUCCGGCAUGCAGCUUGUACGCUUCUAGUCCCCGGGGCUGCGGUCUUUACCGACACCGUGUCACCGCGCAGCGUCUGACAUUCGCACCCGCGUGCCGGCCGAUCUGUGUUCCGAAUGACGGGCGGACGUUUCGACUUCGACGAUGGCGGCACGUACUGCGGCGGCUGGGAGCACGGGAAAGCCCACGGACACGGCAUCUGCACGGGACCGAAGGGCCAGGGCGAGUACUCCGGAGCCUGGUCCCACGGCUUCGAGAUAGUCGGGGUGUACACCUGGCCCAGCGGGAACACGUACCAGGGCUACUGGGCGCACGGGAAGCGGCACGGGCUCGGCGUGGAGGUGAAGGGGAAAUGGAUCUACCGCGGGGAAUGGAGCCACGGGUUCAAGGGUCGGUACGGAGUCCGCCAGAACCACAGCACACCUGCUAGAUACGACGGGACCUGGAGCAACGGGCUCCAAGACGGGUACGGGGUCGAAACGUACGAGGACGGGGGCACAUACCAGGGCCAGUGGCUGGGGGGGACGCGUCAUGGUUACGGGGUGAGACAGAGUGUUCCGUAUGGAAUGGCCACGGUGGUCCGCUCCCCGCUCCGAACAUCACUUGCAUCGCUGCGGAGUGUGCAAAGCAACGGCGCCAUACUGCAGGACACCGUCCCUGUGCCGACAGAGCAGCCCGUCAGUAGCCGCGGGGGCUUCGUGCUCAACUUCCACAGUGACAGCGAGGCGGCGGGGGUGAGGAGGAAGGGGCCCUUCCGCACACGCUCCCUGUUCGGAAGCCUCCGGCAGCUGCGCAAGUCCGAGUCAAAGUCGUCCAUCUCCAGCAAGCGUAGCUCGGCGCGCAGCGACGCCGCCAUGAGUCGCAUUAGCUCGAGCGACGGCACCUCCACGGUGAGCUACGGCGACGAGGAAAGCGUGGCCGAGCACAGCACGGACGCCACCACCACCGAGACGUACAUGGGCGAGUGGAAGAGCGACAAACGCAGCGGCUUCGGCGUCAGCGAGCGCUCCAACGGCAUGAAGUACGAGGGCGAGUGGCUCGGCAACAAACGCCACGGCUACGGCUGCACCGUCUUCCCCGACGGAACCAGGGAAGAGGGCAAAUAUAAAAACAACGUGCUUGUGCGUGGGAUACGCAAGCACCUCAUACCAAUCAAAAACCCCAAAACCAAAGAGAAAGUGGAGCGGGCUGUGGACAGCAGCAGGAGAGCCGCUGUCAUCGCCAAGACGAAGGUGGAAAUAGCUCUGUCCAGGACAACCCAUGCCAGACUAAAGAGUGAGGCAGCAGACCAGGCUGCACUUGCUGCAGAUCAGGAGUCAGACCUCGCCAGAACUGGGGCCAGAGAACUGUCCCCCAACUUUUAUCAACCAGGCCUGGACUACAUCAAGCAAAAACCCAGUGAGCCUGUGGAGGAGGUUGAGGAGGCCCCGCCAGCAGAGGAGGAGGAGAAGAAGUCUGCUAGCCCUUUCUACCAGCGGGGUACGACUCCCUCCCACUCCCCCACCCGUAGCACCUCCUCCUCUCCUCCGUCUGCACCAAAAAAGAAAAGUCAACUGGCCAAUAGCAGCUUGACGCAGAAGAUGAGCAAAGACGACAGCUCUGCAUCCCGUAAGAUAAGCAAAGAAGUGCCAGGCUUCACCAGAGGAUCUGUUCCGCCCCCUGGACCCGCCCCCUUCGAUUUGCAGGACCCGCCCCCACCAAAGCCACCCAAGGCUCAGGAGCCAAUUGCCAACCCUGUGAGACCCAUUAACGGGCAACUACACGCUGCCUAUCACAGCUACUACGUCAAGACUCCUGUGAAGGUCGUCCCUCCAGAGGAACCGGAGGAAGCAGAGAUGUCUCCAUCCAGCCUGGCUUUAGUAACCCCACCUCCCCCAAAACUGUUCAGCACAUCCACCCCAAAACCAGAGCUCAAAUUCAGGAAGCAGGAGUCUAUCAAGCCAAAGAGCUUAUCAGAAACCAAGAAGGCCAGCGUGGAGAUCAGCAGUGACGUUUUAGAAGGAGAAAUGGGUCCUAAUUCAAUUUUAGUUGCCAUGGUAAUGCUUUUGAAUAUUGGAUUGGCAAUAAUUUUUGUUCACUUCCUGACAUAAUGGCGGGAAUCCUGGUGAAAGAAUAGCACCGCGCCUUUGGCCCUCAUGAAAUCAAAAUGGCGGCAGACA